AUUCAACCUCACUAUUAAGGAACACUGCAUUUUACACGCACAAACACAUCUUGGCCUGUUAUGGUAUUGCCGUCUAUUAGCGCGAGACAAAAAUAGCCGCCGGCUACGAGACGAAAAGCGAUCAUCCCAGACCGUUUUGCUUCACAACCGUCAAUCAGUACUCCUACUAAUAAAACGCUCACCCAUAUAUAUCAUCUAAUCUCGAGUUGUUUAUUCUUCGGUUCUUCGCAAUGGAUCCGACAACAACUCUUGUCACAUUCAUGUUUCAGACGGAGCCAUCUGUCCAAUCCGUGCGCCUCAUUGGCUCCUGGGAUAAUUUCACAAUGUGCUAUAGCAUGGAACGGGACGCCCGACGUGGCCAAGGCCAAUGGAGAGGAUGCUUCACGUUCCAGAAUAUAGUCUGCGAUGAAGAGAACCCACACCAUAACACGAGGAGUGGUGGUCUCAAGAUGGGCCAGACAUACUACUACUAUUACGAAGUAGACGGCUCAACUGAGACCUUUGAUGCAACAAUGCCUUGCACAACCAUGUGCCCCUAUAUGCCCGGGCAAACCGUCAAUACUCUCUAUGUUCCUGUUGAGCGCUCAUCACGGACCCGAAGUGCAUCAGCAAACUCGAUGCGUGCAGAGGAUUUCAGAACCAUGGAUCCAGCAACAAAGUUUAUGAAGCCGUUACCGCCAACGCCUCUGCUGCCAAGCAUAUACAACCGCCGAGCUCUAUCUGCCCCGACUUCACGCCCUUCAUCAUCGUCAUCUCGCCCAUCAUCUCCACCUACAUGGAAGAGACUCUUCUCACGCAAGCCGCAGACAUCGGAAGGCCUACAUCGCCCGUCUGCUAGCCAUGGAGAAACAUCCUUUGCUUCCUCCUUCACCAUUUACGAUAACGUCAUUACUAUCCCCACGCGUGAAAAUCGCCAUGGCCGAACUACGUCGUCGCUUAGUGAGGGUGCCAAGGCAAGAGACAUCUCUCCGAGUUCCCUGGCCCGUAUCUUACGCGAAGACCGACUUGCUCCUCGCCGUCCCAGUCACUCAGCCCAGCCACCGCCAUUGGUAAUUCCCGACGACGUCAUUGAAGAGGAUGAAGACGACGACAACUUUGCUGUUUCCGCUGUAUCAGAAAGUUUGCCUUUUGUCACUGGCCUAUCGCCGCCCCCCUUUCAACGCUCUACGUCAUCCGAGUCCAUCAAGCAUGAUACUGAAAUAAGCAGCUUUCCUACAUACAUGGUCAAGCCUCAGCUUUCAGUUCAGCCACCUUCUUUCGAUCGAAACCAGCCUCUAUCUGCCGUGGUCAAUGAGACAAACUCGGCGCCUCACUGGUCUGUUUCAACAAAAGACAAGGUCACCACAAGUCCCAUACAGGAGGAUGUUCCCAUGAGCUUCUACGACGAUGAGGAUGACGACGACGACGUCAUGUCUAGCAACGAGGACGAAGUUCAUUUCCCUGCUAUUCCCACUUCAAAGACUCGACUACACUCGUUCAGAGGCUAUAGCCUACCACGCCACAUUGAAGAGAAGAAGGAUACAUUCGCCUCUCAUCAAUCUUUUGCAACUCCCAUUUCUCCGAAAUUGGUACCCAGCGGAACCAAUUUGCUGAACACACACAUCGAGGCCGGCCUUGAUGACUUUGUCAGCGAGCUGGGCUGGAUUGUCGGUACUAUUGGCACGACUGACAGCCCCUAGCUUGCUCAGCGAGGAUUUUCAAGGUACCUUAUCUGCCCGGAUUCCUUUCUAUGCACCUGUACACACACAUGCAUCACAUUAUUUUACAGCGGUCAAACAGAACGCAUGACAUUCUCUAUUGCUCAAAAGUAGCCGGAGUUUACACAUCGAUUUUCUUAUAAUAUUGCCUUGUAUAAGUACUCUUCUCUCGUUUUCUGGCAUCUAGACUUGAAGCAUACUAUAUACACUCGAUCACAGGCAUCUGAGUUUCAUAUGUUUUCAGCAUACAUGUUUAUACCACCAUCUACAUUAUCAUUGUUCAUCAUUUGGGUUCAAGAGCUUCAGUGAAGCUAUACCCCGUGGGAAAUUUACUGGCGUUUAAGCGAUGUUUUAUCAAAGGAUAAACAAAAGGGAGGCGGGAACUGCGCAAUGCGCAAAUACCGGGAUUAUGCUGCGUCAUGAAGGUUGACGAAGGCAUUGGCAUAAUGUAGCGAUGAGAACCCAGCUACGAUUGGAUUUAUUAGCUAUGGAUAUGGGUCGUGCGCUCAUAAUUCAAAUGAAUUUUGUUAAAACAUC